UCUGUCCCUGCACGCUCGUAUGUCUUCACCGAUUUUGCUGAUGUGUCAUGCGUCCUCAGUCGUCACCACCGCAUUUUCUACAGCUUCUUCUGAUAUCUGCUCUGCACUAAAGCUCUCUUUCAUCGGCGUUACUCCUGGAAGACUGACCAGGACGACGUCGUACGAAUGGCUUCCAAUUCUUUGCCACCCCGGCGAACCCUUAAGAAGAAGACCACCUCUUGUGAAAGCGUCCCCUCCAAAUGCGCGUCAACCCUUAAACCUUCUCUCUCAGCUUCGUCCCAUGACUCCCUUGAUUAUCCUCCGCUUCUCUCCGCCGGCGCCGCCAUUGCCACAUCAUCCCCAGGAUUACAUCUAAACGACGCCAACCCGAAACUAGAAAAAUCAUCGACCUCGGCAAGCUCUCGUUCUAAUUUAGAUGCGGAACCCCAGGGAGAAGUGUUGGCUAUGUCGUCGGCAAAAAAAAUUGCUGUCGAAGAUAAAGCUCAGGAGAGCAAUAGAGCGAAUUCAGUCUCUUCGGUGGCCGGGAUAAGCAGUUGUAGUAAGGCUGAUGAGGAAGGAGGGGUAGUUGGAAGUUGUGGGGAUGAAAUGAGGGGUGACGCUGGAACUGGAAGGGAAGGGAAAGGUGGAAAUGAAGCCUCUGAGGUUGACGAGGCGGCAAUGGGAGCUGAUGAGGUAAGGAAGGAGGCCGAAAGUAGGACUAGGAAAGUGAAGAAGAAAGUGAGGAUUGUGAAGAAGAUCGUGAAGAGGAGAGUGCCCAAAAGGGUUGUUAAGGGUGGUGUGGUGAAUGAGGAAGUCGGGGGAGUGCAAAAUGUCGGCAAUUGGAACGAGCGAAAUGAAGUUACGGGGUGUGAAAAGCUUGAUCCUUUGGCCACUGCUUCUACGGACACAGAAAAUUCUAAGCUUGAUGAGAAUGUUGGAUUGGAAGUUGAGAAUGAAAACUUGAAAGAAAUGCAACUGCAACCAACGAAAAGUAUCAAGACUAGUCCUAAUAUUGAGAAGGAAAUCAAACCAAUGGAUAAUGUUGGCAAUUCGAGCAAGAAUGAGUUGGGAAUAACGGAGGUGGAAAUGAUUGAUCUUGGUGAAACUCUCUCUGUGCAGACUGAGACGUAUAAAGCUGAUGCUUCUGUUGCAUCGGAAGUUAAGAGUGAGGACUUGAAAGAAGUAAAAGUGGAAGCAAUUGACUGUAUCAACAAGACUAGUCCUUCUUUUAAGAGUAGUGUAAAAGGUGAAGAUGAGGAGGAGUUAUGCGUUUCUAGUGGCAAACACGUAUCAGAAGUUUUGGUUGCUGGCCAAAAUGCUGGAAAGGAAAGUCAAGGGAUUCAAGGCGAGUUUAAAAAUCAGGAUGUAAAAUUUGUCAAAAUGGAAAGUGGAGGCUUGGUCGCGGACCUGAACACAGGGUUUGUCAAAGAGAGACAGGGAGAGGGAGAAGAGCUGGUUUCGGAACUGGUCGAGAACAAUGAUGUUGGGUUGAAUGGAGGAGUUGCAUCAAGUUUGGAAACGGAGGCAUUAGGGGGAGAGGGUGGGGAGGUAGUGAAGGAAGUAGUUGAAAACAAUGAUGUUGGGUUGAAUGGAGGAGUUGCAUCAAGUUUGGAAACGGAGGCACUAGGGGGUGAGGGUGGGGAGGUAGUGAAGGAAGUAGUUGAAAACAAUGAUGUUGGGUUGAAUGGAGGAGUACCAUUGAGCGAGGAAAUGGAGGCCUUGGAGCGGAAGAAGAGGCGUAGAACUGAAGUUUUUCUUGGUGGGUUGGACAAGGAUACGAGGGAGGAGGAUAUAAGGAAAGUAUUUGAACAGGUUGGUCAGGUUACAGAAGUGAGGCUGGUGAUGAAUGGUAAUACGGGAAAAAACAAGGGCUUUGCUUUCUUACGCUUUGCUUCAGCUGCUGAUGCCAAGAAGGCUUUGGAAAAAUAUUCUGCAAUCAAAAUUUGUGGGAAGCAGUGCGGUGUACGACCUGUAGCGGGGAAUGACACAAUAUAUCUUGGGAAUAUCAACAAGAUGUGGAAUAAUGAAGAUGUGGUUAAACUGUUGAAGGAUGCCAGGAUUGAGAAAAUUGACAAAGUUACAGUUAUGACUGAUCCCAGUAACUUUGAGCAAAAUCGUGGCUUUGCAUUUAUUGAAUUUGAGACCAGUAAAGAUGCUCAAAUUGCUUUAAGUAAACUCCAAAAGCAUGAUGUUUUUAUUAAUCAGAUGAAGAUGAAAGUUGCAUGGGCACAACCUUUAGUAGAGCCAAAAGAAGAAGACAUGCUAAAGGUGAAAUCAAUUUAUGCUGAAUAUCUGCCAUCCUCGUGGGAUGAAGAGAAAGUCAUGGGCUUCUUCAGAAGAUUUGGUGAAAUUGAGAGCAUUUCUCUUGCUAAGAAUCUCCCUUCCUCUAAGAGGAAAGAUUUUGCAUUUGUCAAUUAUGCAAUGCGGGAGGCUGCUCUUGCAUGUGUUCAGGCAUUUAGCCGUGGGCAAUUGGAUGAUGAAGGCUCUGAGUUAAGGGUGAAAGUAUCUCUUGCAAAACCCAAUCUGAAAGGCAUGCAAAAGAAGCACGUCUCUGGUACAACUGGAAAGGAGCUUAAUGAAAAGCGAAAGGCUUCUGAAUCCAUCAUAAAAGUUCGUGAACCAAGAAAAAAGGGAAAACCUGCCACCAGUAAUCUUGAAGGUACUAGAGUUAAUAGGACUGCUUCUGCUACUGAUGAACUGUUACAGCUCCUAAGACAGCAAGCCUUAGCAGGACAGAGACAACGAGCUUCUGCAGGAUCGUCUAACCUGAAUUAUCAGUAUGCUCUUCCUGGAGGCGAGGGACCACUUUCUGCUUUGGGAAGUCGCGUCCUUCCUUCAGAUCCCAGAGGGUUCCCUCACACAUAUAUGGACACUCCUCAUUUGUCUAGAAGUCCAAGUGCUGUUUCCCAUCGUGUUGGUUUGGUAUCUUUGCCGUACUCCCAGCAGCCACGGGCCCGUCAUAUACUUGAACCAGAAACAUCCUAUGGGUUUGAAGAUAAUCCUCAUGUCGUGAUGAGGCAACAAGCUAACUACUUUGGGCAUAGUGGCAUGUACAGAAGAUAUUGAAGGAGGUAUUUAUGAGGUAAAUCUGAUGGUGGUCUGCUGGUAACAGUAAAAGACACAAUUUCAAGAAUUUUGUAAAGAGGAACCAUUUCAUGUUGUAAAACUUUACACCAUAACUACGAUAUUGUAAAUAGUUUCAUGUAAAUGAACCCGAAUGCUUCGAAUUUUUGUUUGUCAAGUUUAAUUUGAUAUAAUAGUCUCUUUCUUUUCUAAGCUGUGGAAAUCGUGUGAAUUCU